GGCCCCGGGUGACGUCAAUGCAGCGGGCGGAGCUCCGCUGAGUGCGCGGUGUCCGGGGCCUGUGUGUCGUCUCUCGGUUGUGACCGGCCUGAGCCGAGCAGCUACGCGACGUCAUGGACAACUCGGGAAAGCAGGCUGAGGCGAUGGCAUUGCUGGUCGAGGCUGAGCGCAAGGUGAAGAACUCGCAGUCCUUCUUCUCCGGCCUCUUCGGAGGCUCAUCCAAAAUAGAGGAAGCAUGCGAGAUCUAUGCCAGAGCAGCAAACAUGUUCAAGAUGGCCAAGAACUGGAGCGCUGCUGGGAACGCUUUCUGCCAGGCUGCCCAGCUGCACCUACAGCUCCAGAGCAAGCAUGAUGCAGCCACCUGCUUUGUGGACGCCGGCAAUGCCUUCAAGAAAGCCGACCCCCAAGAGGCCAUUAACUGUCUGAUGAGAGCAAUCGAGAUCUAUACAGACAUGGGCAGAUUCACGAUUGCAGCCAAGCACCACAUCUCCAUUGCCGAGAUCUAUGAGACAGAACUGGUGGAUGUGGAGAAGGCCAUCGCCCACUACGAGCAGUCUGCAGACUACUACAAAGGCGAAGAGUCCAACAGCUCAGCCAACAAGUGUCUGCUGAAGGUGGCUGGCUACGCAGCGCAGCUGGAGCAGUACCAGAAGGCUAUCGACAUCUAUGAGCAGGUGGGGACCAGUGCCAUGGACAGCCCUCUCCUCAAGUACAGCGCCAAAGACUACUUCUUCAAGGCCGCCCUCUGCCACUUCUGCAUCGACAUGCUCAACGCCAAGCUUGCUGUUCAGAAGUAUGAGGAACUGUUCCCUGCCUUCUCGGAUUCCCGGGAGUGCAAGCUAAUGAAAAAGCUGCUGGAAUCCCAUGAGGAACAGAACGUGGACAGCUAUACAGAGGCGGUGAAGGAAUAUGACUCCAUCUCAAGACUGGACCAGUGGCUCACCACCAUGUUGCUGCGUAUCAAAAAGACCAUUCAGGGUGACGAGGAGGACCUGCGCUAGGCCUCCAGCCACUGCCUCCCACCUGUCUGUUGGUCAGAGAGGUGGGGCCAACCAACACUUUCCUCUAGGAGUCUGAAGGCCAAGUGGGUGCAAUGUGGGCCACAUCCUCCAGGGUGCCAAGCGGGCUCUGCUGGCUGGCUGGUCACCCCAUGCCCACUGCAUCCCUCACCCUGCAAUUUAUUUAAGCCCCUAAAGGUGUCCUCCUGCCCUGGAAGCCACCUGGACAGACUCUCCAGUACAGAUCUCUCUGUGUCCUGCAGGAACCUGGGGUCAGCAUCCGGUCCUAUCUCCUGACUAGCUGUGUGCUAAGGCUGUUUCCAUCUCUCUUACUUUGUCCCCUAGCAGAGAUAAGAACAUAGGUAGCUCUGAGACUUGCUCUCCAAGGCUAGGGGUGACCUCUGCCCCUGGAGCCUUCCCUGCUCCCUACAACGCCAGCAUCUCAGGUUAGACCCAGCCCCGGAGCUCUCAGGGGUGCCUUGGCUCUGCCCUACGCCUGCUUCUUCCUGCAUCCAGGUCUGUCUAUCGACCUGAAGCUGCAGCUGGCCCAAGGACAAUAAAACCUGCCACUUUUGCAUGA